AUGGGUCGUCACUUAUCAUGGGUCGUCACUCAUCAUGGGUCGUCACUCAUCAUGGGUCGUCACUCAUCAUGGGUCGUCACUCAUCAUGGGUCGUCAUUCAUCAUGGGUCGUCACUCAUCAUGGGUCGUCACUCAUCAUGGGUCGUCACUCAUCAUGGGUCGUCACUCAUCAUGGGUCGUCACCCAACACUCUGCACUCAUUAUUAUUAUACUGGAGCCAGAAUUCCCCACACCGUCCAACAUACCACCGACCAACAUACCACCGACCAACAUACCACCGUCCAACAUACCACCGUCCAACAUACCACCAUCCAACAUACCACCGUCCAACAUACCACCGACCAACAUACCACCGUCCAACAUACCACCGACCAACAUACCACCGACCAACAUACCACCGUCCAACAUACCACCGUCCAACAUACCACCGUCCAACAUACCACCGUCCAACAUACCACCGACCAACAUACCACCGACCAACGUACCACCGUCCAACAUAGCACCAUCCAACAUACCACCGUCCAACAUACCACCGUCCAACAUACCACCGUCCAACAUACCACCGACCAACAUACCACCGACCAACAUACCACGGACCAACAUACCACCGUCCAACAUACCACCGACCAACAUACCACCGUCCAACAUACCACCGUCCAACAUACCACCGUCCAACAUACCACCGACCAACAUACCACCGUCCAACAUACCACCGUCCAACAUACCACCGUCCAACAUACCACCGUCCAACAUACCACCGACCAACGUACCACCGUCCAAGAUACCACCAUCCAACAUACCACCGUCCAACAUACCACCGUCCAACAUACCACCGACCAACGUACCACCGUCCAACAUACCACCAUCCAACAUACCACCGACCAACAUACCACCGACCAACAUACCACCGUCCAACAUACCACCGUCCAACAUACCACCGUCCAACAUACCACCGUCCAACAUACCACCGUCCAACAUACCACCGUCCAACAUACCACCGACCAACGUACCACCGUCCAACAUACCACCGUCCAACAUACCACCGUCCAACAUACUACCGUCCAACAUACCACCGUCCAACAUACCACCGUCCAACAUACCACCGACCAACAUACCACAGUCCAACAUACCACCGUCCAACAUACCACCGUCCAACAUACCACCGUCCAACAUACCACCGUCCAACAUACCACCGUCCAACAUACCACCGUCCAACAUACCACCGACCAACAUACCACCAUCCAACAUACCACCGUCCAACAUACCACCGACCAACAUACCACCGUCCAACAUACCACCGUCCAACAUACCACCGACCAACAUACCACCGUCCAACAUACCACCGACCAACAUACCACCGACCAACAUACCACCGACCAACAUACCACCGUCCAACAUACCACCGUCCAACAUACCACUGUCCAACAUACCACCGACCAACAUACCACCGACCAACAUACCACCGUCCAACAUACCACCGUCCAACAUACCACCGACCAACAUACCACCGACCAACAUACCACCGUCCAACAUACCACCGUCCAACAUUCCACUGUCCAACAUACCACCGACCAACAUACCACCGACCAACAUACCACCGACCAACAUACCACCGACCAACAUACCACCGUCCAACAUACCACCGUCCAACAUACCACCGACCAACAUACCACCGACCAACAUACCACCAUCCAACAUACCACCAUCUAACAUACCACCGUCCAACAUACCACCGACCAACAUACCACCAUCCAACAUACCACCGUCCAACAUACCACCGACCAACAUACCACCGUCCAACAUACCACCGUCCAACAUACCACCGACCAACAUACCACCGUCCAACAUACCACCGACCAACAUACCACCGACCAACAUACCACCGACCAACAUACCACCGUCCAACAUACCACCGUCCAACAUACCACCGACCAACAUACCACCAUCCAACAUACCACCGUCCAACAUACCACCGUCCAACAUACCACCGUCCAACAUACCACCGACCAACAUACCACCAUCCAACAUACCACCGUCCAACAUACCACUGUCCAACAUACCACCGACCAACAUACCACCGUCCAACAUACCACCGUCCAACAUACCACCGACCAACAUACCACCAUCCAACAUACCACCGUCCAACAUACCACCGUCCAACAUACCACCGUCCAACAUACCACCGACCAUCAUACCACCAUCCAACAUACCACCGUCCAACAUACCACCGACCAACAUACCACCGACCAACAUACCACCGACCAACAUACCACCGUCCAACAUACCACCGUCCAACAUACCACCGACCAACAUACCACCAUCCAACAUACCACCGUCCAACAUACCACCGACCAACAUACCACCGUCCAACAUACCACCGUCCAACAUACCACCGUCCAACAUACCACUGUCCAACAUACCACCGUCCAACAUACCACCGACCAACAUACCACCAUCCAACAUACCACCGUCCAACAUACCACCGACCAACAUACCACCGUCCAACAUACCACCGUCCAACAUACCACCGUCCAACAUACCACCGACCAACAUACCACCGUCCAACAUACCACCGACCAACAUACCACCAUCCAACAUACCACCGUCCAACAUACCACCGACCAACAUACCACAGUCCAAGAUACCACCGUCCAACAUACCACCGUCCAACAUACCAACCCAGACCCGGCAGGAGCAGGACUCUCCUUACCCCUCAGACCCAGACCCGGCAGGAGCAGGACUCUCCUUACCCCUCAGACCCAGACCCGACAGGAGCAGGACUCUCCUUACCCCUCAGACCCAGACCCGGCAGGAGCAGGACUCUCCUUACCCCUCAGACCCAGACCCGGCAGGAGCAGGCCUCUCCUUACCCCUCAGACCCAGACCCGGCAGGAGCAGGCCUCUCCUUACCCCUCAGACCCAGACCCGGCAGGAGCAGGCCUCUCCUUACCCCUCAGACCCAGACCCGGCAGGAGCAGGACUCUCCUUACCCCUCAGACCCAGACCCGGCAGGAGCAGGCCUCUCCUUACACCUCAGACCCAGACCCGGCAGGAGCAGGCCUCUCCUUACCCCUCAGACCCAGACCCGGCAGGAGCAGGCCUCUCCUUACCCCUCAGACCCAGACCCGGCAGCAGCAGGACUCUCCUUACCCCUCAGACCCAGACCCGGCAGGAGCAGGCCUCUCCUUACCCCUCAGACCCAGACCCGGCAGGAGCAGGACUCUCCUUACCCCUCAGACCCAGACCCGGCAGGAGCAGGCCUCUCCUUACCCCUCAGACCCAGACCCGGCAGGAGCAGGACUCUCUUUACCCCUCAGACCCAGACCCGGCAGGAGCAGGACUCUCCUUACCCCUCAGACCCAGACCCGGCAGGAGCAGGACUCUCCUUACCCCUCAGACCCAGACCCGGCAGGAGCAGGACUCUCCUUACCCCUCAGACCCAGACCCGGCAGGAGCAGGACUCUCCUUACCCCUCAGACCCAGACCCGGCAGGAGCAGGACUCUCCUUACCCCUCAGACCCAGACCCGGCAGGAGCAGGACUCUCCUUACCCCUCAGACCCAGACCCGGCAGGAGCAGGACUCUCCUUACCCCUCAGACCCAGACCCGGCAGGAGCAGGACUCUCCUUCCCCCCUCAGACCCAGACCCGGCAGGAGCAGGACUCUCCUUACCCCUCAGACCCAGACCCGGCAGGAGCAGGACUCUCCUUACCCCUCAGACCCAGACCCGGCAGCAGCAGGACUCUCCUUACCCCUCUGUGGCGGACACCAACACUGUUAGUCUUAUCCAAGUGUUCGUGGGCUGA